AUGCAGGGUCACGAGAGCGGCUCAGAACACCAGCCUGCCAGCCCACUGAAACUCACUCUGCCCGCUUCCUGGCAUCCGAUCCCAGGUCAGAAGCCACAGAGGGUCAGGUGUAUCCAUGGGGCUACUCCCCCAGCUCCCCCAGGCCAGCUCUUCACUAUGCUGGCCAGCUCCCCAGACCUGCCAACACUUGUUGAACCAAACCAAGUACCAAGAUCUCUCCGCACAGUCAAAGUGACGGCCCCGGAGCUGCGCGGCGGCGGCGCGUGGGCACCGGAAGUGCUGCCGCCGGGCCCCGCCCCGCCCGCGCCCACGGGGGGCCACUUCCGGUCACGCGGGGUCGAGCGCGGCUCCCGGAGGGGGCGGCCCCCUGUCCUGGGAACCUCAGCGCCCCCUGCCCAGAUCCGAGGCCCAGACCCCACCCCCAGACACCCCAUGAGCCCCAACUCUGAGACCUCGACCCCAGCCCCUGGACACCCCAACCCCGCCCUCUCCCUGGAGUCACCGCUCAGCUCUCCACUGGAUCCAGACUGGGUGCUCGGGGGCCUUGCCAGCCGCCUCAGACUGGCCUCGCCUCUGCAGAUGACCCUCCUCUGGGCCUUCGUCAUCUUCGUGCCUACUCAGGAGCAGUGCCAGGCUGUCCCAAACAGGUCACGCUUGGGACUCUUCAUGUCCUGA